AUGAUUUCCAGAAAAAUAUACCUUAAAUUUUUUUGGUUCUAUUCAUUCUGCAUUAUUAAAUUUUUUAAAGAGUUAUAUUUAAAAUAUAAAUCUGAUACUAUACUUAAUAAUUCUUUGAGAAUUCUUGCAGAAUACAAGCCCUUAGAAGAUGCUGAUAUUGGCGAAGAAUUUUAUAUUGAUCCACAAUUACCUAUGCAAAAAUUAGACAUGAGAAAUUUGACAAAUGAUGUAGAUGAUUCAGAUUGCAAAAGUGAAACAAGAUCUUUUUGUGAAUUAUAUGAAGGUAAUGAACAAAGUGCAUGUGCACAUUAUAUUUCGAGUAUUGAGGAAGAAAUUCCUCUUAUAAUAUCCCCAAAAAAUUUAUUAGAUGCUCCAGAAGAGAAUAAAAAGCAUCGUACAUUGACACCUUCAUCUGCUUGCAAUGUUUGUGAAUUGAGUUCUGAAUUACCAAAAUUAUUAAUACAAGAUGCAUCUAAAACAGAAGAAGAUUGGAUAAAACAAGGAGCAAAAAAAAAAAUAAUAAGCACAGCAUCAUAUCAUAAAGAGGAAAAUCAAGAAGCAAAAGAAAAAAAGAGAGAAAAAACAAGUAAAAAUUUUUUUUCAUUAAGCAAAGUAAGAAGCCUUUUUAAAAAAGAAAAUAAAAAUGAUGAAUUUUUAUGUGAAAAUAAAGAUAAUGUUCUAGAAACUAAGCCAGAAAUAGUAAGAAGUUCAGAUAUUAUAGAGGAUCUCAAUAUUAAAAAAGAAAAAAAAAUUUAUGAAAACUUGUUUACUCGUUUCGUUGCAUUGGUUCUUAUAUUUUAUGAAAAUAAAAAUGAAAUUGAUUCAAUGUCUCAAUUUUUGCCACAAAAAUAUAUGGAUCGUUAUAUAGAAGUUGAAAAAGAAAUAAUAAAAAUAAGUAAUAAUGUAUUUUCAUCUAAGAUUCAUGAAUUAAGUAAACGAGGUGAAGGAGUAAGUAUAAUGCAUUACAGUGGAAUUCCAAGAUAUUAUAUUCUUUUUGAUUACAUUAUUAGCACCUUUUACUUUUUCUUGUAUGAAAUAAUACAAAAAAAAAAGGCUUUACUUUUAUAUUUUAAGCCUUUAAAGAAAAAUGAAGAUUUUAAUAACCCAUCGAAGUUUAAAGAGAUAUACAUUGAAGGGCCAUAUAAAAAUAUAUAUUAUGCCACAUUAACUUACUAUAAUUCUAUAUUUAAAAGUGCAAAUGACAGCAUAAUGUUGCAUUUUCACAUGUGGAAUAAUAAAACAAUUUCCGCUAUAAAGAAAAGGGAUCCUAAAUGGGUUGAAAGCGAAAAAGAAAAUUUAUCAUUAUAUUUAAAAGGUGUUAAGGAUAACUUGAAAUAUAUAAAUGAAGAUUUUACUUCAUACAUUAAAUUACUUUUUAACCAAGCUCGUGAAAAUGAAUUAUUCUGUGAUUCAGGUUUAUUUUCUUAUAGUAUAUUUUUUAAUUAUUAUUUAUCGGCAAUAAGCACAACCUUAGAAAUUUUGGAUAUUCACAUACAAAGUUCUAGUUCUAAAGAUUUUAAAAGAGAUUUAAGUCAAGUAAAAAGUUAUUUUCAGGAUCACAUGAAUGAUGUGCAAGAACAUAUAUAUAUGAAUUUUAGUAAAAAUUACAAAACACUCAUUUCUAAAGAAUUAAUAGAAUGUUUUAUGUAUGAUGAUAGAUAUAGACAACGCAUUUCAAAUAGUUAUAAGGACAAACACGAAAAGUUUAUAUCUCUUCUACCAUAUCUUACCUAUUAUCUUAACGUUAUUAUAGCAGAAGCAACAUUAUUAAUAUAUUUACAAAAUAUAUAUUAUUUUUUUGAUGAUCUCUCACUAAAAAAUAUAAGAUUUUCUGAUGCAUCAGAAUUUACGAAAUUUCUUGAAAGGCAUGGAGAAGUUAGUGCUCAAGUUUUUUCAGCAUUUGAAGAUACUGGAAAGAAAUAUAAUUUUGAUAAUUGA